AUGGGCUAUAAAUGGCAAAAAUGUCACAACAAGCGAAGGAUUUUGGUAGAAAGACCAGCUGUUGUAUUUGCGCGGUCAAAUUAUUUGCAAAAAAUUCGUCAAUAUAGAGAAAAUGAUCGCGAUAUUGUCUUUUUAGACGAAACGUGGGUUGACAAUAACCUCACAUUUAAAAAGUGUUGGAGAAACGAUUAUAUAGACGCGAUACUGACUGACACCAGCUCCACGAACAGGCUGAUUCUCGUUCACGCCGGAUCCAGACGUGGUUUUUUGGAUGGCGCAAAGUUGCUUUUCAAAGCUGGUACUGUUACAGGCGAUUACCAUGGGCAAAUGAACAGUACAAACUUUGAGAAAUGGGUGACUGACAUGUUCAUUCCCAAUUUGCCACCAUCCAGCGUUGUCGUUAUGGACAACGCACCAUAUCACAGUGUUCAGGAAAAUAAAGUUCCUACAAAAUCAAGCACUAAAACGGUUAUGUUAGAAUGGCUUACAAGAAAUAAUGUAGAGUCUUCACUAAGCAUGAGAAAAGCCGAGCUUUUUGAUGUCAUAAAACUGCAUGCACCCCAGGAGAAAACUUUUAAAAUGGACCAGCUCAUCCGUAGUCACGGACAUGAGGUUUUAAGAUUGCCACCGUACAUGUGCGACUUAAGCCCAAUUGAGUUAGCAUGGGCAAAAAUCAAGAGAGUUGUAAGGGAGUACAACGUUAACUCAGAUUUAACCCUAACAAGGUUGAAAGAAGUAACGGAGAUGGCUAUAAACCAGGUGACAGAAAUAGAUUGGUGUGAAUUUGAUGAUCACGUUAUAAUUUUGGAAGAGCAUUACUGGCAAAAAGACGGAUUAUUGGAAAAUACGAUCGACAAAUUCGUAAUUGAAGUCAGCGACGGUGAAGAUACUGAUUCCGACUCUGCUUUGUCAGUUGUCUAUGCAUCCGAUAGUGAUUAA